CGGGAAGGUAAACGGCAUUCCGUGUGCUGCGCUGGCUCGCCAGUUGCAGCUUGUCACGCUGGCCAUGUGACCCAGAAGUGUCUGCGGACAGCGCUGGCUCCCGGCCUAUAGAGUGAGAUGAGCGCACAACCCUAGAGUCUGGCAAGACUGGCCCGUACGGGCAGGGGUACCUUUACCUUUACCUUUUUACACAUGUUACUGUAUACACAGUAUAUACAUAUACUGCUGACAUCUUUUCAUUUAUUGGUUUUCGGAGACAUAAUACCGGACUGGAUAGCCUUCUGGUCUAACCACAUAAUGUAUGAUGGUUCUUAUAUUACAAAAGGCCAAUGGGCAUUCUGAAAAGGGCCAUGAAUAAAAAAUCUUGCUUCAACAAAACCUAAUAAAGGUUCUGUCAACACACAGCAUUCACAUUAUAAUUUGUUCCUGGCGUAUUCCUUAGUGGAUAGGAUUUUCUUCCCCGGAUGACUGCUGCUAUCUGUGAGGACCAAAUAGCAAUAUAUUUUUGUUUGCUGUGUCACAGGUAAUGAGAAAACGAGAUAGACUUUUAAAUAGGACAUCCAUCCUGGUAUCAACUGCUACCUAUGUGAUCAUCUGACCUUAAUGAUACUGAAAGAGCAUCCCUAAAAAUAAAGAAAUAAAUGGAUCCUCCAUACAGCAAGUUAGCAAGCACCAGCAACUGCACACUAUAUGGAAGGGAUGGCGCAUUAUAUUUGUAGAUGCAUAUCAACCCAGCUAUUCAGAAAUGGUUGUGUAUCUUACAGCCGUUGUUAUCUGUGUUCAAAGGUAAUUUAAAGAAAAAGACCUGGAUGAUUCACGAUAGCAACCGUGGGAAGCAGAGCUUGAAUUCUGAAUGGAUGAAAAACCCAUUUAGAAGUUGCAGAAAUUCAUCAACAGAGACUCUGUGAUGAGGGAUGGGCAAGUAAUCUAGUCUCAUUCACAAGUCUUCCCAAACUGCACUUUCUGAAACACUACACAAACCAAAACACCACUAUCCUUUGAAUUUGAAUUUUUGCAACCAAAAAUAAUGUACAAAAAAUGCAUGUACAGUGGUACCUUGGUUUACGAACUUAAUCCGUUCCGAAGUCCAUUCUUAAACCUAAGAGUUCUUAAACCAAGGCAUGCUUCCCCAUAGCAGCGUGGGACUCAAUUUACACAUGUCAAAGAGAAAAACAGAUGUCAAAGAGAAAAACAAGUACCAGACUUUUAGAAGACAUCUGAAGGCAGACCUGUUUAGAGAAGCUUUUAAUGUUUAAUAGACUAUUGUAUUUUAAUAUUCUGUUGGAAGCUGCCCAGAGUGGCUGGGGAAACCCAGCCACAUGGGCGUGGUAUAAAUAAUAAAUUAUUAUUGUUGUUGUUGUUGUUAUUACUCAACAGGAAGCGGAACAUGUUCUGCUUCCAAGGCAAAGUUCACAAACCAAAACACCUACUUCUGGGUUUGCAGCGUUCUUAAUCCAAGUUGUUGAUAAACUAAGCUGUUCUCAAACCAAGGUACCACUGUAUUGCUUUAUUUAAUUAUGUUUGUUUGCAACUCCCCCUUCCUCAGUGACGAAAAAAGCGGUGCUAUAUAACCAAAAUAGCAACAACAAAACAACAAAACAACGAGCUAUACACAAACAAAAUGUAGCCAUUUAAUUAAAGCAAACACUUGCAAUGUUUGUGUCAUGUGACCCCCAAGCUAACCAGGCCUUAGGUCUUCAACUAUCUGUGGCCUUUUAGAAGUGUGUAGGUUGUUUUUAAUGUAUUUCUCUGUCCUUUGGGUUUUACUGCAUCUUUGUGAGGAUCUUUGUUUCUUUGGUUAUAAGUUGUUUUGGGUUGUCCUGGGCAAUAUGAAUAUGAAGUAGUAGUAGUAGUAGUAGUAGUAGUAAUGCAUUACUGAUGAGGAAUUUAUCACUUAUUUAUCAAACAUGGGAAAUAAAAAUGUUUUCACUUGGCACGUGAAACUUGAUAAUGUGGAAGAAGACAGGCACACCUCUAAAGGGAUAUUAUUUCGGAGCUGGGUUCCAGCCAGUGCUAUUUUUUAGUUCUGGUGAGUGCUGGCUGAAAAAACCCCUGGUCUUACCACAGAAUAGUCCUUUCCACACAUGUUGUCACCCCAAAUUCCACUGAUGAAACAAGCACCUUAUUGCAUUGAAUUCCUCCUAUAGCCUCCUCUUUCUUCCCCUGCAGCUCACCCCGAUAUGUCUAAGUCAUCACUGAGUUUUUCUUCCCAUCAGUGUUCAGACUACCUUCUUCUUUCUCUAGAUAAUGCCCCAAACGAAAUCACAACUCUAGCGAGACGUUGGGUCCAUCCAUGCGCAUCUCAGGCUUUUACUUGUUAUGCAAGUGUUAAAAUGGUUAGAGAGGGGAGAGAACAAGCUACUGGGUUUCUGGGAUUGCACUAGCCUGACCCAGAUACAAAAUAAUGAAUUUUCUUUGCAAAUGAGAAACUGGGAAAAGGCGGUGAGAAUUUUUUUCCCUGUAUAUAUUUAUUUUGACACUUCCUGUGCCAUUCUGCCAGCUCUUCGGCAGCACUCAUCAAAUGUGGAGGAUCAAAAUAACUUCUUAAAAGGACAGAUGGAAAUAGGAUAUUAAGCAUUUCUUAAAGGAGAAACAGUUGAACCCAUUGAACAUGAACUUCCUUUUUGAUUACAUUUUUUUCUUUUUUUAAAAAAGAAUCUCUCCCAGCUGAUUAAACACACAGAGAAAAAACAUUUCCCACUGUGCCUACUAUACUUGUUUUAUUCAUAUAAUCCACAAAUAAUUUAUUUAAAACUUGUUACCCUGGACAACACAGUAUCUGCUGACUUUAGUGAAUGGCUACGGAUGCAUCACUAUUCUCCAGGCAUUCUCUAAAUUCUUAGACAAUUCUAAAUUCUUAAACAAACGCCCCUCUUCCCACAUACAAAGACACCUAUUCAUUUCUGUCUAUGUAUGAUAAUCUGAAGUGAGAUCAUGGAAUAGCGUGUUCUCCUUCAUGGAGAGUACGUGUUGUGGUGGGGGCCGCCAGGACACUCCAAAGUUGUGGGGUGGGCUAAUUGAUCAUUGGCCACUGUUGUGAUUGGACUUCCCUUGUUGUUGGGAAGAAGUUAAUGUUGCCAUUUGUUGAUUGACAGCCAGAAAUGCUAAAACUCCUUGCACGAGGUUAGGGCUUCCUCUUUCACCCGUGCAUCAGAUUGCCCAUCCCCCCCUCCCUAGAAUUAGGGUUGUUCGCUUUGACCUUGCUAUGCCUGCCAUGGGGUUGUCUGCUCUUGGGGCAGGGGCCCGGUAGGAAUUUUGUCCAUCUGGCUGACUGGCUGGGGCCAUUUGGGUUUUGCCUACUGCGUAGCAAAUUGUCACAACUUGUAAGGUUGCGGUUAGGCAUUGGUUUAUGGUUUGGUUGGUUGAGGGGCAUGGAUUGGCUGUGCCUGCCCCUCUAAUGCUGCUGCUGCUGCAAGGGAUUCCGUUAAAGGAAUCGGGGGCUAACUAUUGCUUGUCCACUCUGUCAAGGGGGCUCGGGCCAUAGCAAUGAGCUCCUGGUUGCAUUUGGGGUGGGCUGAGGGCAGGUUCCCCGCUCCGUUGCUAUCCCCAAGUGUAUUGCCCUUUUCUGACUUUCGCAUCGUGCGGAAUGUCAGUCUGUCCCCCAUGGUGGGGGCAGAUAGUCGCAACCAAUGCCUAAGCAACCACUCACAUUUUUGUAUUUUAAUAAAGUUGUGGCCAAAAUUAUGCCAAAAACCUUAAACAACAACAACAACAAAAUUCUGUGUGAUGUGUGAGUUAUUGGGGUGGCCCUGGGGACCUCGACACACAACUAUCACAAAUAUGUGACAAUGGGGAAAACUGGGCAAAGGAAGGAGCAUCAAACACAAUAUGGUGGCGAAAUGAAACGUAGGUAACACAACAAAGCUUGGUGGGAUUAUGUGACACCUAGGAAAAAACCACAAGAUUUUAUGAAGGGCACAUAACUGUAAGAACAAUAUAUUGGUAAGAAGAAGUUACAACAGAAUCCACAAAAUAUUAUUAGAAUUGUGAGGCUUACAAAAUGCUCUGAACAGCUGACAAAUAUCAUUACACUCGCAAAUAGUACAUUUCAGCAAGGCUUACAAAACACCAUGUAGCACAAAAAUUAUUACUAUGGUAUGGAAGAAUGCUGGUCACCUCUCUGUAGUUUAGGGUCCUUGCAGUGACACUGUCACCUUGGAACUGAGUAAAUUAUUGUUGUUGUUGUUGUUGUUGUUGUUGUUGUUAUAUGCUGCCCAUCUGACUGGAUUGUCCAACAAAAUAUUAAAAACACAAUAAAACCUCAAACAUUAAAAACUUCCCUGUACAAUCGUACCUUGGUUGCUGAACGCCUUGGAACUUGUAUGUUUUGGCUCCCGGACGAUCGAAAAUUGGAAGUGAGUGUUUCGGUUUUCAAACGAUUUUCAGAAGCCAAAUGUAUGGCACAGCUUCUGAUUGGCUGCAGGAUGCAAUUGGAAGCUGCGCCUUGGUUUUCAAACAGUUCCAGGAGUCAAACGGACUCCCUGAAUGCAUUCUGUUUGAGAACCAAGGGAUGACUGUACAGGGCUGCCUUCAGUUGUCUUCUAAAGGUCAUAUAGUUGUUUAUCUGCUUAACUUUUGCUGUGAGAGCGUCCCACAGGGCAGACACAACUACUUUGAAGGUCCUCUACCUCAAAGAGAUAGACUUUCCUGAAGGCCUCUCAGUUGUGAAAACAGCCAUCAGGGCCUUGAAAAACUUUUGAGGUUUCAUCGUCAUUUGGGUCCAAUACCCAACCCAUAGGUUGGAUUACUGCAAUGUGCUAUAUGUGUAGCUGCCUCUGAAGAUGGUUUGGAAACAUCAGCUGGUGCAAAAUUCAGCAGCCAGGUAGUUCACUGGGGCAAGAUGGUUUGAGCAUAUAACGCCAACCUGGCCCAACUACGCUGACUGCCAAGUAGUUUCUGGGUCCAAUACAAAGUGCUGGUUCUGAUGCAUAAAGCCUUAAAUGGCUCUGGACAACAAUACAGUCGUACCUUGGAUCCUGAACGCCCUGGAACUCGGACGUUUUGGCUCCCAGACACCAAAACCAGAACAAGUGAUUGUUCCCGUUUGUGAACAUUCUUUUGGAACCCGAACGUUUGAUGGGGCUUUCACGGCUUCCACUUGGCUGCAGAAGCUUCCUGCAGCCAAACAGAAGCCGUGAUUUGGUUUUUAAACGUUUUUGAAAGUGAAACAGACUUCCGGAAUGGAUUCCGUUCGACUUCCAAGGUUUGACUGUAUCUCAGACUGCCUCUCCCCAUAUGAACCAAUGCAAACCUGCAACCAUCAUCUGAGGCACUUCUUCAUGUGCCUCUCCCAUGAGGUGUCUGGCGGGUUGCGACACAAGAGUAGAUUUUUUCUGUGGUAGCUCAUCUGGCACCUUCAUUACAUAUCAUUAGGGGCCAGGAAAAAGCAUUUAUCUUCUCUCAGGCUUUGGCUAAUUAGACAAUCUAUGCCCUUUUAAACUGGGGAAAAGUAUUGUUUUAGUUUGUUACUAUGUCAUGUAUUUUUCUAUUUUUCUAUUGUAAACCACUCUGUGAUCCUCAAAUGAAGGGUAGUAUAGAGAUUUAAUGAACAAGAAUGAUAAUAAACAUACACAACACAUUUUCAUUAAAAAAAAAAAGAACAGGAACUUUUUUUCUCCACAUUUAUGACUUUGCAGUAAAUGUUUUUCUCAUCAUGACUUCCAUAUCUUAAUAGAGGCAUUGCUGAGGUUCAUUUUUUCCCUGGUUAUCUUCAGAUGAGAGCCUGGGGAUCAAAAUGAAGAUUGUCUGCCUUUGUUUUUCCUUGUUUUACGCACCACUAGGAUCAACAAGAAUCAAACGCGAAAGAAAGAUCUGAGCUUUUAUAGAGCACAAACCAAGUAUGUAUUGAGAACUACAGCUGUUAAACCAUUCCCACUUAUAAAGCCUAACUUAAUGUAGUGCUUCUAGGCUGCAGGGAAGAUAUUGCUCUCAGAUACUUACCACCUAUGGCUAAAAUGCUUCAUUUUUAUACUCCUAUAAAACAUUACCUCCUCCUCCAAUAUGACAAGCAAUAAGAACCUGAGAAGGAAACAAAAAUAACCACCUGUGCUGAACCCAACUCAUACUGUAUUGUGUAUCUAGGAUCCAGUUGUGCUUACUGAAAAAUCUAUAGUAUAUGUAUAUACUAUAGGCUAGGGCCAAUAUAUAAAUACCAGUAUAUAUGUAAAAAAAAAACAACAACAGGUAAUAACUUUAACUCCCACUGAUUUGAGGGGAGAGAGAGAAUUGUAAAGUAUAGAAAUAUGGAUAUUGUUCUCCUUACUUCUGUAUGUGCAGCGGAAGAAAAAUGAAGAAAAUUUCUCUUGCUUGAUGAUUCAUACAAACCACAUGCAGAACUGCAUGUGAUGAACCUUGCUGGAUUUGAUCAAGUUAUCCACAUUGUAGCAGAUAUUAGGUCCAUUUAGCUUUCAUGAUGUCAAUCAUUUUUUUCCAGAAGUGUUAGAGAGACUGAAUACAGAUUUCUCCUUCACACAAAGAGGUGAUCUGAUGUCAAAACUGACUUCACUUACCAUCUGUUCGGCAGGUAUUCCCAGGUAUGUACAGAGCAGUAUGCAUGCAGCCAACAAUUGCAAGUGAGCAUUUUUAAAUAUGGUCUGCUUAUUCUCAAAAAAGGAAGGGACUAAUAAAAAGGAAAUUGAAAGAGAACAUUACAAUGGUGAAAUCUCUCCAGAAUGCUUGGGUGAGGGAGGUAGUAGUCAAAACUGCAAAAACAGAAGCUGAGCUAGAAUACACACACACGCAGAGAGAGAGACACACACAAACAAAUGGCCAAAAUUGUGGAAACCUUUUGGGAAAAGUGUAUUUCUGAGGUUUGAUGGCUCAUGACACCACUUUUUGGGAAGUAAUACCAUAAAAUUAUAUAUCAAUGGAAAGAUGAACACAAACUUUUUUUGGGGGGGGAGUAAUGCAAACAAAUGGGACGCAGGUGGCGUUGUGGGUUAAACCACAGAGCCUAAGACUCGCCUAUCAGAAGGUCGGUGGUUUGAAUCCCUGCGAUGGGGCGAGCUCCCGUUGCUCGGUCCCUGCUCCUGCCAACCUAGCAGUUCGAAAGCAACGCAGUGCAAGUAGAUAAAUAGGUACCGCUCCGGCGGGAAGGUAAAUGGCGUUUCCGUGCGCUGCUCUGGUUCGCCAGAAGCGGCUUAGUCAUGCUGGCCACAUGACCCGGAAGCUGUACGCCGGCUCCCUCGGCCAGUAAAGCGAGCUGAGCGCCGCAACCCCUGUCUAAUGGUCAGGGGUCCCUUUAAUGCAAACAAACAAGAAGGGAUAAAAGAGAGAAGGAAAAUAAUAUGAGGGACAUAUCACUAAAAAAAGUUAAGACAAACUAAAAAGAAAUAUAGAAAUGCAUCAGGAUCAGAAAAAUGGUUAGGGAAGCAGUUAGACUAUAAGAAGAUGAGGAAGCUAAAGCUGUACUAAGGGAGGAUAAGGAGAUUGCAGAAAAGGUGAAUGAAUUAUUUGCAGAAGAUCUAGGACAGAUAACAAUGCCUGAACAGACUUUACAGGAAGGGAGUCUGAAAAACUGAGGCAAACAGUGAUAAGAGGUGAUUUUUAAUUUGCACAUAACAGCCAGAAGCUUAACAAAAUCAUUGGGUCCAGAUUGUAUCUACCUGAGAGUUCUUACAGAACCAUGAUGUUUAAUUGCUGAUAGUCUAACAAAAAUAUGCAACUUUGUCCCUAAAAUCACCCUUAAUACCAGAGGGCAGGAAACGAGUCAAUGUAAUGCCAUUUAAAAAAGAAAGAAAGAAUUUACAGACUAGUUAUCUUAAAGUUACUUUCAGGUAGAUUGGUUUAAGGCACUACUGAAGAUAAAGUCAUUGUGUAUAUGGAAUAACUGACCUUCCUGAAGAAUUAUCAAAAUGACUUCCAGAAAGGUAAAUCCUGUCUCACUAACUUUUUAGAGUUCCUUGAAAGUAUCAACAAACAUGUUGGUAUGUGUGAUCCAAUAAGACAUUGUGUGGUUAUACUUUCAAAAGCUUUUGAUGAAGCCCCUCACCAAAGGCUGUCAUAGUUGCUGCACACGCAGUUGAUGUUUUCAUCAAGCUGUCAACUACUAUCUCUUUUUCUAGUCAGCCACUGCUCCUCAGAAGCCAUCAGUGUGGAUAUUUGUUUUCUUUUUUUGUUUGAUGUGUAAAUGUGAAUAAAUAAAUAAAUAAUAGCAGCCAUCAGUGUACAUGCAAAGGCUCUUUUGAACCGCAAAUGCCAUUUUUACUGCACUUUCACCCAAACUGGAGAGAUUCUUCUGGAAGGCCUCACAAUCCCUUUUUGGCUUUUACCACCCUGAAUAAAUUUGACAGCGUCAGCAAACCUAGUCCCCUCACUGCUCAUUCUGAACCCCAGGUACUUUAUUAACAAGGCAAAAAGCAUGCUGUCUAACAAAGAUCUUGAGAACAUUCCACUCUUUACAUCUCUCGAUUGUGAGAAAAGCUCAUUGAUUCCUUCUCUUUACUCCCUAUUUGUUAUCCAGUUACUGAUCCACAAUAAAACUUGUUCCAUUUACCCAAUGGUGGGGAACAUUCAGCCUUUGGGUCAAAAGUAGGCCCUGCAGUGGUCUUCCUUUGACCUGCAAGGCUGCUUUUCUCAAGAAGCCUUGGAGCAAAAUAACCUCCCUUUGCAGAUACACUGAUGGCUUCUGAGGAGCAGUGGUUGACUAGAAAAAGGGAUUUUGGUAGGUAGCUUGAUGAAAACAUCAGUGUGCAGCAACUAUGGGGGAAAAGUGAACUCCAUGUUAGAAACCAGUGGAAAGUAUUGAUUUGUCAUCAGCAGAUUUCCACAAUAAUGGAUACCUGUUCUAUAUUCCCCUGAGACUAAGUAUGCACACAGAUAUGCACAGUAUUUUGGUUCCUUACCUUGACUGUUACAAACAGCAUAGCAAAAAAUAUGAUGUCCAUGACACAGAGGCUGAGAAGAAGAUGAAACAACCUUUUCCUCAAUUUCUCCAAAGGUAACUUGAGCAAAUAACUUCAGAGGAGGCAGAAAGAUGCAAUGUCUUCAUGUUCAGAGCUGGUACUCACCACCUACGGAGUCUUUAGCUGAAAAUGUUCCUCUCCUCCCCACAUCUCCCACCAGGAAAUGAUUCAGGCUCCCCAGGACCCUAGAGUCUCUUCUUAUUUCUUCUUCUUUUUCUGAGGGUCGAACAUGGCCUCCUGACCAGAUAAUCAGUUGGAAGAUAUCCAACAAAUGUCUGACACAGCCAUUGUGAACAGAUGUGAGUAUUUUUUUAUCUGUGUUAUCGGGUUCAUUUUUGUGUGGACGUGCUUUUUGGAGGAAAGUUCUUAUUAUCAGGAAUGUAUGCCAUAGAAACCACCAGCUGUUAGCAGGCAGAUGGGGAGAUGAGAGCUGUGGCCUAACAUCUAAGACCCUCUCACCUCUUCAUUUCCAGGUAUUGAUCACACCAAGUUCUCCACACAACUAAGUCCCAACAGAGGCCUGCCGGAAACUUGGAGAGACUUCCUUUUAUUGUGUAGAAGGUACAGGAAUGGGCCUCUGCAGUCAUCAAAAUACUAACUGUAUAUUUCAUGAAGGUUCUGAAAUUGGCUUCAAUUAAAAAUACAUAGAAUAAAUUAGCCAAGCCGGCUGCAGCAGGAGCAAUAAAAACUGCAAAGGAGAAAUCUACAGCAGCCAUGAAACUGGAUCUGUGAUUUCUAGUCACCUGCCCAUUUUUAGAAUGGAUCUUCAUGAUGGUUUCCAUUGUUACAUCACUUUCUUGGCUUAAAAGUGGAGUAUAAAAUAAACAAACCCCCCAAACCCAAAUGGAAUAUAUGUCCAGAACUCACAAAUAAAUGAAGGAUCUAUCUCUGCUUUUCACCAGGCUUUUAAUUAAUCAGGUCCUGCUUGCUUGGUCUUGGUUUCUAAGGGUCCUCUCUCAGUGUCUGGUACGUCCCUGGAAUUGCUGUGCAGAUAUACUAAAAGCUUAUUGAUCCUCACGAUAGGUGAAGAGUUUGAUUGCCAAUAGGAAUCAUCGAAAGAAAAAGAAAGAGAGGGAUCAAUAUCACUUAGCUGUACAAAAAAAAAAUGUACUAGAGCUGUUAAAGGAGUAACUCAGAACUGAAAUGGUAACCACAAAUGGUACCUCCUUUUGACCUCUAAGCUAGACCAGCUGAGCAGCCAUCUAUUUUAACAGUCCCCCGAGGAGCUGAAUAGCAGAUUCGGCUUUUUAGAGUUACCCAUCUUGUUUUUAAUCAGACACAAUAUACUAUUAUCACACAGAGUUUAGUACCCUGUGCUAAAGAACUGCCAUUUCUAUUACCAGAAAAUUUGCAUCAGAAAAAAAAUGAAGCCUGCACACAUUUGCUUAAUUGCAGCAUAUUAUUCUGAUUACUUUUUUUGUGGGUCAAAUAUGGGUUGUUUCUCCAGGGGCAGGGGAAAUGGGAAUCACAUAGAGAAAUAGUUUGAAGAGGAAACAUUGAUACAGCUCAAGAAGCCCCAUCUGUCAAGCACAAUGGUAUCAUCACUUAGAACAGCUGUAAUCUCUAAAUUUAACAACCCCGUACUAAACACACUUCCUAUCCACUGACUCCUUGAAUGCUGGAGAUGUUCUGAUAUGCACACAGAAUUUCAAUGCACAAGAGCUUCUCUGUUCAUUGUGAUAGUCAGGGGCAGCUCUAUGCAUAUAUCCUCUGUCGUUGUGGCACCAAAACCAAGCAGCAAUCAAAAUACAGAGUCAGAGACCACAGAGUUACCAGUUACCAAGAAGCUAGACAGGGUUAUCUGACUCUGAUGUUGAUUGACCAGCGAUCAACUAAGCCCAAGGCUGGUGGGCAGAGCACCCUGGACCAGAUCUCCACAUCACCAGGAUCCACAGAGCCACAGCUGUGACCCUCACAGGCAUCUUUCCCUUGGCCUGAGGCAGUGAGUGCCUGCCUCUGAACUUUCCUUGCUAGCCCACCAGGAUGAAAACACAUCAGGCAGUGUCAGGAAUGAACCAGCUCCAAGCAAAAGUUUGCAGCCAACUGCAGUAAGCAGCCAGGAACAGAGAGGCUUAGAUGUUACGCAGGGGAGAGCUGGCAGCUGCAGACUCUUCCUGACCUUGAAGGGCAGGCUGAUAAGGCAGUAGCUGAGUGCAGGCUAGAACACAGUCAAAGCUUGCAGGAAGCAAAAAUAGGCACGAGUAGACUCAGCCUCUCAGAACAGGAAGAGGUUGGAGCUGACCCACUAAGUCCAAAGAGUAGGUGAAUGGGAGGGCUGCUAGACAGGAAGCAAAACAAGAGAUGCAAAGGGUGACGGUUCAAUUUAUUCAGUAGACACCAGAACGAAUUUUCAGAAGGGUCAUCUUGAGUGAUGAUGCCGGAGGCUUUGUUAGAGUCGUCCAGAGCUAUCUGUUUGUUUUUGCAAUAAAUCCUCCUUUUUAAUUAUCUACGCUUACUGUGUUAUCAAGCUGGGAACCUGGACUCCUGACAGGCAGAGGCCAAGGAGCACAGAGGAGUACCCAUCUGCAGGCCUGAGAGAUGGCCCUUGAGGGUCUCGCAAAAGGGGUGGAGCUUAGGAGAGGGAGACUGGAUGAUGAGAAUCAAGUGGCUUUGGCCCAUCUCUCACCUUUGCUAAAGCAAGUUGUACAUGUGGAAUUUCCUGUGGUGUUGCGUCUGCUCUGAGGGCUCUUUCACUAGACCAGAAGAGGACACCCGUGUCUGCAUGCAACAAUGCAUUAUAUUUUGCAAAUGUCUCAGAGGUUGGGUUGUUUUUAACACUUAAAUGGCACAUACCUUUUGUUAAAUCGUGUCCUCCUUCCAGAGAGCACGUGUUGCGGUGAGAUCAUCAAGACUGACCUCACUGCUGUUGUGGGUAGGAGCGAUUGAAUAGCCACAACAACCCGAUUGGUGGUCCCUCGGUUGCUGGGAUAAAUCUGGCCAAUGGGAUCAUUUCAUGCAUUAACCAAGGGACCCAUAUAUACCGCUGCAUGUUGCAUAGAGCUUCCUCUUUUCGCUCCGUGCACCGGAUCACCUGCCCACCCUCCAUAUAUUUAGGGUUCAUCAUGACCUUGCUAUGCCAUCGUGGGUCGUCUGCAGGGGCCCGGUAGGAAUUUUCCCAUUUGGCUGAUUGGCUGGUGCCACUUGGGUUUCGCCUGCCAUUAGCAAAUUGUCACAACUUUAUAAGGUUUGGUGGUUAGGCAUUGGUUCAAUGGUUGUGGAGGGGAUGUGGAUAGGCUGUGCCUGCCCCUCCAAUACGAGGGUAUUCCAUUAAAGGAAUCCAGGGGCUCAUCUUGCUUUUGUCUGAUCCCCUUCCAGUUGUUAGGGCCAUGCCAGAGCCCCUAGGAGCAUUUGGGGUGAGUUUGAGUCUGAACCUGGUCCAAUGCUCCCCCAGGAUGUUUUCCCUUACUGACGUCUGCCGGAGUCCAGGUGUCAGUACUGCCUUGCUGAGGUCAGGUGCAGCUAGUCGGGAACCAAUGUCUCAGCAAACCACUCACGAUUUGUAAUCCAUAAAGUUGUGGCCAAAAUUAUGCCAAUAACCUUAAACUAAUUUUGUGUCAAUUGUGUCUUUAUUUAUUGAGGGAGGUCUUGGGAUCUUAACACACAAAUAAAUAAAAUGGUAAUAAAGAGGGAAAACCUGGCUGUGACAUUCCCAUAGUUUUGGAUCAGGUUCAUUAUUGAGAUCCGCAUUCAAUUCAGUGGGACGUACUUCCGAAGAAUGGGCCUAAACUUGCCAAGACGAAUUGUCACCAUUCAACAAUUUUUCACAUGGCUGAAAAUGGGGCAGGGACUGCUAGAAAUCAGUGGCCACUGCAGCCACUGGGAGGCUUCUUGUUAAGAAGAUGGGACUUUUGUAUUACCCAGUUUCACCUCAAAAACAGUGCUAUUCACAUGUCCAUCUGCCAGCUGCCAAAUGUUGAUUAAUCAAGUACUGAAUAUAAUCAACUGAUGUCCAUACAUAGGUGAACCAGUCUUAUGUAUAUAUCACAAUUUGGGAACGAUAGUGGUGGGAUCAAAAGCAAGAGCAAUACGCAGAAGGAGAUGUGAAAUUCCAGCUUUCCCUACAAAAGAGUUUAUAAAGGGAGUUAUUGUUUGUGAACAGAAGAAGCCAUUAUUUGGUUUGGCUCUGUGCUUUUGCAUACAGCCUUUUUUAAAAAUGUAAUAGCUGCAGGAAGCAGAGCAGGGAAUAAUAAUAAUCGCUGCCAUUUAUAUCACUAUUUUCAUCCUCAAACAUCCUUUAGUUCUUUAUAGACUUUCCCAGGUGAAGCGAGCAUUUGUCUGAAAGGGGAGAAGAAAUAGACUCAUCAAAAUGCAAAUGACAUAUAAGGGGGAUGUACAGAAAGUGAGGCAAGUUGGUUCCUGCCUUUUUUGAAAUGGUACCAGAUGGCCCAGUACUGGAAUAAAGCUGUGUUAAUUAAAUCACAAAACUAUCACUAAUUCUCUGUUAUUUGCUAAUUCAACACAUUGGGUUUUUCUUUUUUCCUUUUGGCGCAAUACAGCACAUUUUAAUUAACUCUCAUAAAGCCGAUCGUAUCAAUAAUGAAUAGGGAAAGGCAAAUAAUAUUAUGCUCUGUUGUUCAGAAUACAAGCAAAAUGAGGGUGUGCCGGCAUUUUUGAACACUGCUACUUCAUCAUGGCAAGAGGAGGGAGGGAGGAAUGUGAAGCAGUCAGAGCUGGAGUGCUCUUCGCAAAGAUCACUGGGCAAUAACAUAAUGAUGUGAACAUAUCCAAAGGGAGACACUGUGCAAGGAAUCCAUGUAACUUUUCUGGAGCUGUGUUCUGGACCUCUCUGACCAUCUAUAAUCUUGUUGAGAGAUCUGGAAAACAUUGUAGUCUCCAGAUCAGACUUCCCCUUAGAUAAAUUCACAAGGUUCCCAAGGUUGAACCAAUUGUUCAACAGAGGUGUUCAGAAUGGCAGGUCAGGAACACCUCUCCUUUUAAUGUCAAGGAGACAUGUACCUUGGGUUACAUACGCUUCAGGUUACAGAUGCUUCAGGUUACAGACUCCGCUAACCCAGAAAUAGUACCUCAGGUUAAGAACUUUGCUGCAGGAUGAGAACAGAAAUCGUGCUCCAGGGGCGCAGAGGCAGUGGGAGGCCCCAUUAGCUAAAGUGGUGCUUCAGGUUAAGAACAGUUUCAGGUUAAAACAGACCUCUGGAAUGAAUUAAGUACUUAACCCGAGGCAACACUGUAUAGGAGUCUGUCUUGGGGCCACCCUUCCUUGUAAUGUUGAAUGUUUUUGUUUGCUAGCUCUGCACUUAACCAUUACUUUUCGUGGAGUUGAAUAAUUGUCCUCUCACACACACACACACACCACACAGGGUCAUUGCGUACAUUGCACAAAGCCAUGUGUAUCUCCCACAGGGAGCUGAAAUCACUGUCCCUUGACAUUAUCCUUGGGUUGAAGUUCUACUUUAAGUGCUGUAGUUUCUUGGACCCAGUGGAAGCUUCUCUUUUGGGAAAAUGGAGAAUUGCACCUCCAACUUCAGUCUGCCCUCGGCUAGCUCUCACCCGCCUUCCACUUCCUUCCAACCAGUCCAGCAUGGUGGCACUGCCCGGAAACCUUCUCCUUAGUCUCGGGAUUGCCCCCUGUAGAACUCAGCAGGGAGGAGACUGAAGAUAAAGGAAACAUAGCCAAGGGCAUCCUGGUUGGCAUCCAUCUGUCUCGGCAGACAAUGGAGGAGUGCACCUUCAGGGUGUGGGAUGUGCCAAAUCAGUACAGUACAAUCAAUUACAGCAUGCUUUACUUCCUAGAGUGGACAGAGAGGAACUUCCUGUUCCUGCUGUAAGUGAUUGAGCAGAUGAGUGCGACUCUAUAAAAGCAGAGUCACACAGCCAUUUUGGUUCUGUUCAAUUCAACUCUCAGUUAAGUCUCAUCCAUCUUGUUGUCUGCUGGCUCUCAGCCAGCAGCACUUGGGCCCAUCCUUACAAAGGAUGUAAGCCACGUUAUACGUUUGUUAAGAACGGACCUCCGGAACGAAUGAAAUACUUAACCCGAGGUACCACAGUAUCAAUUUCUUCUUUCAUAUAGGAAGAGGCAUACCCAACACCGGUGUUGAUGGUGUGUUCUGGGCAGUGCUUUUUUCUGGAGGGACACAGGGGGACGCGUACCCCUAAACAUAUUGCGUUGCCCCGACCAACUGACAGACGAACGGACUGACAUGCCAGCUGUCUCUGCAGUAGCAGCGUGGACUGGAGCUCCGUUAUUCUCUCCACCGGCGCCCAGAGAGGGGAGUCUGAGGCUAGAGCCAUCCGGUGACUGCUUGCUGCUCCUUGCUCAAGCCUACUCCAUCGCCGCCGUUGCUGGGGGGCCUUCCCAUCCUAUCAGUGCCUCCGCCUCAAGUCCAAGGGUUGGGAGGAGGAGGGGGAGCAGCCAAAAUGAGAGUAAAAGGUAAAGGGGCCCCUGACCAUUAGGUCCAGUCGUGGUCGACUCUGGGGUUGCAGUGCUCAUCUUGCUUUAUUGGCCAAGGGAGCCGGCGUACAGCUUCCAGCUCAUGUGGCCAGCAUGACUAAGCCACUUCUGGUGAACCAGAGCAGCGCACGGAAAUGCCGUUUACUUUCCCGCCAGAGCAGUACCUAUUUAUCUACUUGCACUUUGAUGUGCUUUCGAACUGCUAGAUUGGCAGGAGCUGGGACUGAGCAACAGGAGCUCACCCUGUUGCAGGAAUCUGAAUUGCCGACCUUCUGAUUGGCAAGUCCUAGGCUCUGUGGUUUAACCCACAGCACCACCCGCGUCCCAUAAAAUGAGAGUACCUUUAAACAUUUUUAAAGAAAAAAAACCCCACUGGUUAUAGGAAGCACUUUCAGGUAAUGGAGAAUGCAGGCAUCUUUUUGCCCCAAGGUGGGGCUCAAACCCCCCACCCUGAGAUUAAUAGCCUCCUGCUCUACGACUGUUUCUGUUAUUUUAUGCCCUACCUUUCCUCAUCCUGGUUCUUCAUGGAACUCUGAAGUCCAGGCGCCAGACAGAAGAGUCCUGCAGUUGUUUACACUAUCACUAUCGCAGAACGGAAGGUGAGUCAAAAAGAUUCCGUAAGGGUUUGUUCUGUCUCUUUCCUCUUGCUUCAACCUCAGACUCACCCCUGUGUUACGUAAACAGAUUAGAGCUGGAAGGCCCAAUGUCAAUUUGACCUAGGAUGGAGUCUGAAACGACCCAGGCGGUAGCUAGAAUUUUAACCAAUUGAAAAAGCACAAAAAAGAGAGACUCACAUCCUAAGGGAAUGUUUUUCCCUGUUUAAGUUUAACCUGGCAAUUAAGCUUUGUAUCUGCAUUAUAAUUACACUCCUCCACUCCCUCAAGGGGGUCUUUAAUUAAAUGCUUAUGAAAAUAUUACUUUUUCUCUUAUUAUUGUGCUAUGCUAAUCUAUAAACUUCUUCAUGCAAUUUCCCCCCUGCCCUUCAGAAAUACAUUCUUAUGUGUGGUUACAGAUCUCUUUAGAAAAGUUGCAGCAGUGCCUUCUAUGUUUUUGCUUGGAAGUAAAUCUCAUUGUAUACAAUAUGUAGACAACUAGUGUGGUGUAGUAGUUAUAAAGUGUUGUGUUACCAUCUGAGAGACCAGGGUUCGAAUCACCACUCAGUCAUGAACGGAGGCAUGGCGCUGUCUGAAAGAUUCCCGUAUGUGAACAAAACCACGCCUCAGAAUGUGAGAAGUUACACAGAACUGUUUAACCCUGUAAGUUCUGAAUGUGUAGUUCAGGUUUUUCUGAAUGUGUAGUUUGGUCCUUGCUUUAACCUACCCAUAUGCCAAUCUAGUAUAGUGGUACGUUGGUUCACAAACUUAAUCCGUUCCGGAAGUCCUUUCCAAAACCAAAGCAUUCCAAAACCAAGGCACGCUUUCCCAUGGAAAGUAAUACAAAAUGGAUUAAUCCGUUCCAGACAUUUAAAAACAACCCUAAAACAGCAAUUUAACAUGAAUUUUACUAUCUAACGAGACCGUUGAUCCAUAAAAUGAAAGCAAUAAACAAUGUACUGCAGUCACACAAUCAAUCAAUCAAUCAAUCAAUCAAUCGGUAGCUGAACUGGGUUCCCCACAGCCACAAAAAAAAGAGCCGCAAAAACAAAAAACGCAAAAUAAAUAGCAAAAACAGACAAACCACAGCGUAAUACUCAAAAUGAAAGUGUGGCACUCAAAACGGAAGUGUGGCACUCAAAUCAGAAGCAUAUCACUCAAAAUGGAGCACGUUCGGCUUCCGAAAAAAGUUCGCAAACCGGAACACUUACUUCCGGGUUUGCAGUGUUUGGGUUUCAAGUUGUUUGAGUGCCAAGGCAUUUGAGAACCAAGGUACCACUGUAAAUUGGUUCUUACUAGCUUAGCUCUGAGCGUGGCAGCUUUUAGGACUGGUACCGUUGAUCUCAUAUCCUGGGUUGGAUAAAAAGGACUCGCUUACUUUUUAUUAUUGCACAGUAAAAAAUCCAGCCAUGGAAUAAAAAGACAAUAGCUGUAUGUAAAAGCCAUAACCAAAAGCUAGUGAGCUACGUCUUCCAAUAGCCGCCAUGUAACCAUAAACACGUUGUAGUAUUAAGGCCGAUGGCUGCUGGGCUUUUUAUUUUUGCAAUAUUAAAUAAACAUAAAGAAUCACAUAUGAAGAUUUUUUUCUUUUUUGAAGAAAACUCCUGCCAGCUGCCUCUAGCUGCUCUGCUUAGAAAGCGGGAUAUAAUAUCCUAUUACCCAAAGACUGUUAUUUCAUUUCCCCACUGUUCAUAGGCACCCUGACUGAAGUCUGGGUGAUUCUCUGUUGAAUAGGUACAGAAAUUAGAAACCUAACUAAAUUAUUUAAAUCAUAUGAUUUAAAUGUUUGAAACUUCUAGUUUCUCAGAGAUUGAAGAUGCAUAAUAGUAAUAAGCAAUAAAUGUGUCUUAAUCAGAACAAGGGCUACAGUCUCGAUUUGACAUUUUCUGCUGUCUCUACCAUAUAAUUUGUGCAAGGCAUAAUUAUGUUUUUGGUGCUUUUAUCAGAAAACCGAUAAUAUUUUAAGAGUCUACUGCUAAGGAUGGCAGUUGAAUGCUGUCAAGUCUGUGGAUCCAGAGAAUUGUGGGUAACGCCGUAGCUUGUUCUUGAAGAAAUUCUGUUUCCAUUUAUUUGCAAGCUUCUUGGCAUCCAGUACUAAAAAUACACAUUAUAAUUAACAUAAUUUCUCAGACUCACUGCUUUUGAUUAUGUUGUACCCAUUUGCAUAUUAGUCUCUGAUCCCGUAAGCCAGAAUGGCACCUGUUAAAUUAGCUGACUUCUGUCUCCUGCUGAUCAGAUUGUUUUAUCCAUAUACUUGCCUUUGUUUUUCACUGCAAUUCAAAAUGGAUACUUCAGAAACUCUGACAAAAGAGUUGAGAACAUGACAAAAAUAGAUUAAGUGCAAAUCUGAAUUAUUCAUUGUACUCAUGGCUUCUGUGUCAAUGAAAACAGAGCCAGCAUAAUUAAUUUCACUUGUCAAAAACAAUUGCGUGUAAUAGAUCUGUUAACAGACAUUUUAAAAAAUGAAGAACUAAUAUAACAAAGCUCAAUAUAUUUUACCAUGAGCAACUUCUUAUGUCGGGAGUUAGACUAGAUGAUCCUCGGGGUCCUUUCAGCUCUGUAAUUCUAUGAAUGCCAAACAGCAAUUACAGUGGUGCCUCACAAGACGAAAUUAAUUCGUUCCACGAGUUUUUUCGUCUUGCGGUUUUUUUCGUCUUGUGAAGCACGGUGUCGGAAAAGCUUUGGAAAAGCUUCAAAAAUCACCAGCGUCCUCAAAAAAGGCUACCACACCAUGUGCUAUGAGUUGCUCCUCGAAGUCAAGUCGCAACUGUAUUAACGGUUUUAAGAAAAAGGAAACAAACUUGCAAGACGUUUCCGUCUUGCGAAGCAAGCCCAUAGGGAAAAUCGUCUUGCGAAGCAACUCAAAAAACCAAAAACCCUUUCGUUUUGCGAGUUUUCCGUCUUGCGAUGCACCACUGUAAAAGAAGCUGCCAUCUUUCUUUUCAUAGAAUUGUCUCCAAAACUUGGGUCUCCAGCUGUUUUUGGACUGCAACUCCCAUCAUCCCUAGUUAACGGGAUCAGAGGUUAGGGAUGAUGGGAACUGUAGUCCAAAAACAGCUGGAGCUUGGGAAACACUGUUCUAGAUUCUAGAUUCUAACAAAGUCCAGCAUUUUAGCUUUGGUAGGAUGCAGAAAACAUGCUUCUCCUUAGUUUCAGUAGUCAGGGAUUUAGCCCAUUCUGUUAUCUGAUGCCAUGAGUAUACCACUAAUAAAUGUCACAAGAAAUAUAAAACAAUGAUUAUGUAAAGGUAAAGGGACCCCUGACCAUUAAGUCUAGUCAUGACCGACUCUGGGGUUGCGGCGCUCAUCUCGCUUUAUUGGCCAAGGGAGCCAGCGUACAGCUUCCAGGUCAUGUGGCCAGCAUGACUAAGCCGCUUCUGGCGAAUCAGAGCAGUGCACGGAAACACCGUUUACCUUCCCGCUGGAGCGGUACCUAUUUAUCUACUUGCACUUUGAUGUGCUUUCGAACUGCUAGGUGGGCAGGAGCAGGGACUGAGCAACGGGAGCUCACCCCGUUGUGGGGAUUCAAACCACUGACCUUCUGAUCGGCAAGUCCUAGGCUCUGUGGUUUAAUCCACAGCACCACCCACGUCCCUAAAACAAUGAUUAUCUUGAGGUAAAUACAUAGCAAUGGUGCCAAGCUGCUCUCCCGUGCUGCACCUAGAUUUAUUUUUGAAAAGGUGUUUAUCAUCAUGCAUCCUUGCAUUCAAUAUUGGAGGAGCUGAAGAUUAGUGCACACUAAUUCAGAACAGACUUUUGCUAUACAUAUUUGGGAAUAUUGAAGGGUCAGAUUAGGUGGAAAAAACUUCAGUAAGAGAUGAUGCUUUAGGAUGAACAAACUGUCAUAAAGAAACCCAGGCAACUUAUUCUUAAUUAAUUGGUUCAGUGAUCAAGCUUUAAUAAACUCACCUAUCUUCUGCAGUGAUACCCACUAAUUUCUAAAUGCUUAUCUUUUUUAUUUAUUUGAAUUUACAUUGCUAAAUGGGAUUUGUCAACAGGUUGUGACUCCAAUGUUGCUAUAUUGCUUUGCAUUCGUACCCACCCAGCAUAGCCUUUGGAAGAUAUCUGACGCUUAUCCUAGUAUUUUAAUUCAUAGUAUUCCAGGAGAGUUAAAAUGCCAAAAAUAACUUUCCCAUAAGAAGCAUUAGCUUUAUUUGUUUAUUGAUAAGCCAAGUCUUGAAAUAAAAGAACAAGAGGAAGUCCGCUUUUUCAGGAUUAUAUUUGUAUGGAUGCAUGUGGGUUCGUAUACAGGGACAUUACCCUAUUUUUGGAUCUCAUGAAGGUGAGUCUAAACAUGGGUCACUUGUGUAGACUGAUUCCUAGUCGUGUUAUAUUGGUCUCUGCCAAAUAGGCUUCCAUUUAAAUUUUUGAACAUACAUUAAAUAUCUGAGGAGGGCUAUGUUUCUUAAAAAAUGUGUCAGGCUUCAGGGAAUUGGCUUCCUCCCCCCGUGGCAGUAGAUAAACAGAACAAAGGAAAAGGAGUCUUCUUACCAGUUAGAAACUUUAAUAAUCACAGCAAGAGAACAAAGAACCCUAGGAAUGGCGGUGCUCCCAAUGAAGUUCACUACCCGCUCCGUCCCUAUUACUUUAUGUCACGUCUACGUCUUGUAAUCUGAGCUUGUAACAUCUGAGUUUUUUGUUCUGACACUUUCUGAGCUCUCCGUGAUUUUGGGGAAGGGAGGCGGAUACCAUCCAGAGACUGUGAAUCUGUUAACCCUCUCUCUUCCAGUGUUUCUUCUCCUAGCUGUUCCCCAUCCAGUAUUUCCCAGUUUCUGCCUUCUGAACUAUGCCCCUCUGCAAACCACUGUUCCAAAUCUAUACUGUCCUCCUGCUCCUGGGAAGAUUCAGGAUCAGGGGGAGGGGGGUGGUUCCCACCAUUCUUCCUCCCUCAGUGCAGCCCUCCUCAGCACGAUCUCUGACAAAAUGUUUAAUGCAGAAAUAGUCAUCUUUUUCUCAGUUCUCUUAGGUACAGAAAGCUUUUGGGGGCAUUUUCUUUCCUGGUUAAGGCAUCUUUCCCCUCUCUUCUUUACUCCAAUGGGACCUUUCUCCCCAUGCAAAACUGAGGUGUGGGCACCCUGAUCCAGAAUGGGCUGAAAGCAGGAGAGCAUUACAGAGCUAAAGCCCCGUUUCUUCCACCAAGUUUUUGAUCUAGAUUACUAUUUGCAAUAAAAAACGUGCAUUCAAUGGCAAACCCAAGAUGGUAAGCAUAUCAUGGAGUAUGGCCCUAAGAGAGUUGUUGGCCUUUUCAAAAGUAUUUUAUCAGUCCCCACAAAGCCUCUGAGAUAUUUAGGCUCUAAAAUUCCUUUAUUCACAAGAAGAGAGGGGGGUAACCAUCUUUUCCAGAAUCAAUCAGUAGUAUUUAUAUCACUCCUUCCUGCAUUUCUGGGAAAUAAUAAGAAGCCUCUUUAAGUCACCAAUAGCUAUUGUCUUGUAUCUCAAAUAAAUGGUUACCACCAGCUUUGAAAACAAAAGGCGGGGGGAGCAAUUAACUGCUCUAAAAUAUCUGACCAUGAUUCCUCCGUUGGCAUAAGUAGCUAGACUGGUUCUAUUGAUACAAUUUCAUUACAUUACUAUCUUUAAUCCUGACAGAUAAAGAUCAAAUGAAUUAAAGGUUCCUCCCAUGUCACAGCAUUUUAAUUAAACUUUUAAAGAUGGUAUAUAUACCCACAUUUCAGUGACCUUAUAGAGCUCUUUGAAAAGAAAGUGACAGUGGAAGUGCUUCUUUAAACAGUUAUAAGAUCUUUAAUGCAGGAAUUCAAACAUCUCAGAAUCAUAUGCCUUCUGUUUAAGAAAGAAAUUGGUAGAAAGAAGGUUUGCCUUUCUCCAGAAAAGGCGACUUGUCCAGCAGUCACUUGGUCAGCUGGCCUGAAGUCGAGACGAGACAUUCGGCUGUCAAUUAAAUUAGAAAGGAUUGCCACGUUUUGUUGCAUCCAGGAACAGGUGGAAUUGUUCAAGGUGCUAAAUGAGUGAGCAAGCCAGGUGGCUUCCUCAGUACAGUCCCUGAGAAUUUGCCAGCUUGGGGGACAGUGUCUCCUUUUGAAGCCAGUUUUUUUUUCCCCAGCUCAGAGCUAGCUGGAGAUAACAUUAGUUGCUCUGAGACUCCUCUGCACACUUUCAGGGUGUUUCAACUGGGAGGAGCCUCACAGCUGUUCUGAAGCUCUGAGCUUGAUCAGUUGCCCAAAUAUGGCACAUGGAACUACGAAUGCACAGAGACAUCAAUUUCUAUUCAAACCUGUCUUCAUCACAAUCAGCACUUUCCAUUCUCCUGUAGCAGAAAAUUUAAGAGCUACUGGAUCAAAGCAAUGGUUUUGGAUUGCAGGCUUUUGGAUCACAGGCAUAAGAGAGAACUCUCACACUUAGAUCUUGUGGCCAGGAUCCAAAGCACAAGAGGUUUUGUAAUUUUAACAGCAACCCUCCCAUCCGCAAUGCCACAUGUCAAACUGAUGAGGGUCCAACUGUUCAAGGGGGGAAAGGUCAACAAUUCUACUAGGAUAGCACGAGCCAAAGAAAAAAUGAGCAAAUCUGUCAGUUUUGGUUCCUCUCAGUUUCACAUUUUUCCAAUCUUAAGUAUACUUCUCCACAUUUUCACAUCAGCUUGGGGUUGUUGUUGUUUUUAAAAAAGUGUUUAUGAAGAUUCAUCCACAUUUUACACUAAAUUUAUCCCAAUAUGCAGAAGUUAGCAUGCAAUUUUGCCUAAUAUGAUAUGUUUUCAUCAUCAACCUUUAUUACGGUCCAGAGACCCAACAAAUCAUUACAAAGCAAUACACAAUUCAUACAGCCUACCUCCAGGUUAAACAAGCAUUUCGUUCAGAAUAUAGGGAUCAUUGGUUCUUACAACCACAGAUAAAAACUUGGCCACUGCUAAUGUUCUAGCAUUUGUCCGGUCUUCCAAUAGGAACCUGACAUAGUGAGCCUCUGAUUUUCCCAGGAAAUGUACCAGCAAGGGUAAUAUCAGUUCAGCCCUCGCUUGCUCAUAUUUUGCACAGUGCAACAAAAUAUGUUUUAUGGAAUCGAUGUCUUGAGCACAUGAGCAAAGUCUGUCCUGGUAGGGAACUCUUCUCAACCUGCCAUCCAACACUGUAGAAAGAAAGACGUUUAGUCUGGCUUUGGUGAAAAGCCUUCGAUAGUUUGGUACUGUCAGGUUUUUAAUGUAACAUGUUAACUUAAAGACAUGCCCAUAUUGUACUUCUACUGCCAGCGGACUACAGACUGCGUGUGAUCGAGAUCGCAAGUCACUGUGUGCAUUAUCCCAUAAUCUUUGCUUUAACGUCUUUAGGGCGCCUUCAUAACCCAGGUAAUACAGUUGGGGGGGGUGCCAGACCAAUAGAGGUGGCUUUUUCAGCCAUGGUUUUCUGCCAUUUGCUGACAAAUUCCUCAUUGGUCAGGUGAUGUGUUUUGUAUAUUUGCACCAGUAUAUACGUUCCAUGCAUACUUUGCCUCAGUAUAUGCAUUUUUGUACACAGUACUUGGGUGGGGAAUGGCACUGCAAAAUUCGGAGCAGUGCAAAUUUCAAGAGAUAGCUCUGCUUCAGUCUCAUGUUGUUUUGGAAAGAGCAAAUGAGGUAGGUUGGCCUUUAAAUGCAAAUUGAAUUGAUUACCCCCCCAUCCCUAUAUCUAACCAUCUCUUUGGCUCCCAACUAUUGGGUUUUACAAGACUUUAUGGUCUCCAUUCCUAGGCACACUGAGGAGAGGUCGCAUCCAAUUGAGCUCAGUGGGACUAAUUUCUAUGUAAAUAUGCUUAGUAAUCUACAGCACAUCUCUUGGUUUCCGGAAUUUGUUCAAAUAACUCAGAAAGGUGCUCUGAGAUUACCAUCUCAGUUAACAUGAUCAUGUAAACAAGCUUUGCCUCCAGGAUGCAAGAGGAAUCAAGAUGGAAAUGUCUCCAGAGUGGUUAUGACAUUGGCAGCCCAUCGUUUGAGUCACUCCAUUGUAGACUGUUCCUUCGAUUUGUCCUUGUCAUUUAUGCUUCCAAUCAAAGGGAGGAGGGAAUAGCACAGACCUACCCAAAUAUUUGUCGAAAUCUCUGUGCUCUCCUAAUAUAAUCAGAUUCCUAAUAAAAUAAGCACAGGAUCAAAGAUACCCAAUAAUAACCUUCCACCUUAAAUAAUCCUUUUUAGAUAUUAGAAAAAAUUAUAUAUGUCUCUGCAGUUACAUUAUCUUCCUAUUACAUUUUUUGAUAUAAUGAGUAAAUAAUCCUUUCAUCAUUUCAUCUGGAUUUGGUUAGUAUAUAACAUGCAUCAACUCGCUGAAAUGAAAUCCAUAUUGUGUUCCUUAUAAAGAACAAAAUUGCACAGAACAGGUUUAUUAAAAGUCGCAGCAUACUUUGUGACUUUUAAUAAACCUGCUCUGUGCAAUUUUGUACCUGAACUCCUGGGUAAAGUGUAGAUUGUUGUUGUUGUUGUUAGGGUUUAUUUCUUUGUGUAUCCCUUAGAAAAAAACCCCUCACACAGUUGGUUUAAAUCCAAAGAGGAAAAGAGCCCCUUGAGUGGGGGAAAAUAUUACCAGAUCUGCUUAUAUAUUGACACUUUCCACUAUGAAAAACUUCAAACUUUACUUUUUCAUUUAUUCAUUUAGUUUUUGCUUUCUCCUUUCUUUCACACUAGUAAUAAAUACAAUCGUUGUGCAGGGCUAUUAAAUCUGAAGCAUCUAUGGUAAACUCCUAUAUGUGUUUACCUGGAAGUAAAUCCCAGUGUUCAUUGGGGCUUUGUUGUUGUUGUUGUUGUUUAGUCGUUUAGUCGUGUCCGACUCUUCGUGACCCCAUGGACCAGAGCACGCCAGGCACUCCUAUCUUCCACUGCCUACCGCAGUUUGGCCAGACUCAUGUUGGUAGCUUCGAGAACACUGCCCAACCAUCUCGUCCUCUGUCGUCCCCUUCUCCUUGUGCCCUCUUUCUUUCCCAACAUCAGGGCCUUUUCCAGGGAGUCUUCUCUUCUCAUGAGGUGGCCAAAGUAUUGGAGCCUCAGCUUCAGGAUCUGUCCUUCCAGUGAGCACUCAGGGCUGAUUUCCUUCAGAAUGGAUAGGUUUGAUCUUCUUGCAGUCCAUGGGACUCUCAUGAGUCUCCUCCAGCACCAUAAUUCAAAAGCAUCAAUUCUUCGGUGAUCAGCCUUCUUUAUGGUCCAGCUCUCACUUCCAUACAUCACUACUGGGAAAACCAUAGCUUUAACUAUAUGGACCUUUGUUGGCAAGUUGAUGUCUCUGCUUUUUAAGAUGCUGUCUAGGUUUGCCAUCGCCUUUCUCAUCGGGGCUUACUCCUAGACAAGUAGGUUAAGAUUGCAGCCUAAAACUAGAGCUCUAUUGAAUUUUGGAGAACAGAUAUUUCAAACAUGAAAAAUGAGGUUUUAGAUUCCAAACAUGUUAUUCAAAUGAACCAUUCUCGCAAAGCAGGAAGAAAGGUAUCCCCAAACUAAGGAGAAGUAGCCUUCAUCACUCUAGCUACUUAAUGGAUAAGAAGGAACCAUGGUAUAAAAAACUGUUUUUGCAGGUGUUGAUGCUAUCUAUUCCCACUGUAUUGUGUUGAUGCCAUCUACUCACACUGUGAAAUGCACAUAUGGAUUAAAAAUUGGGGAAGACCAUCCUUGAUACCCAUUCCAUUGAAAGCAACGGAAGCUUGCCAGUAUCUGCACACUGCUAUCCAUUUUUAUAUGCGUGCCUGAGCUUUUAAAUGAUAAGUAUGGAUCAACCUGUUUCUGCACAUCCAGCUCCUUGGCUGCCUCAGCUUGCACGUGUUGGCUGGGAGAUUUAGUUCCAGCUCUCGCAGGUUGGCAAGACCAG